AUGGGUCCCGAGACAGCAGGGCAGGCCCUCUACCGUUUCCCAGAAUGUGGGACAGGACUGCCACUUGUCCUGGUACAUGCAGGGCAGGGCCACCACAGGUCCCACGACCGUGUGGCAGGCCAGCCACAUGUCGGGGCAGGUCUGUCAUGGGUCCUGGGACAGCGGGGCAGGCCUGCCACAGGUCCCAGAACGGCAGGGCUGGCCUGCCGCGGGCCCCGGGACCGGCGGGGCAGGCCCGCCAUGGUUCCUUUGGAGGCGGAGCAAGUUCACCAUGGGCCCCUGGAAAGGCAGGGCAGGCCCACCACGGGCCCCAGGACGGGCGGGGGAGGCGUGCUACAGUUCCCUUUACGGUGGGACAAGCCUGCCGAGGGUCCAGGGACAGAAAGGGGCAGGCCCGCCAUGGGUCCCGGGAAGACAGGGGAGACCCACCAUGGGUCCUGUGUAGCGGGGCAGGCCCACCACAGGUCCUGUGAUUGGCGGGGCAGGACCACUAUGGGUCUCAGGAGGUCUGCUACAGUUCCCUUUACGGUGGGCAAGCCAACCGCGGGUCCUGGGAUAGAUGGGGCAGGCCCGCCACAGGUCCCGGGAAGGCAGGGUAGGCACGCCAGGGGUCCUGGUACAGCGGGGCAGACCCGCCACAGGUCCCUGGGACACCAUCUCCGGACGGCGGGCAGGCCCUCCACAGGUCCCUGGGACGGCAGGGCAAGCCUGCCACGGUCCUCAGGACAGAAGGGCAGGCCUGUCACGGGUCCCCGGGAUGGCGGGGCAGGCCCGCCACGGAUCGCUGGACUGCUGAGCAGGCCCGUCAGGUGUCCCCGGACUGUGGGGCAGGACCACCAUGAAUCUUGGGACAGUAGAGCAGCCUGCCACAGGGCCUAG